UGUAUAAGUCCAUGGGGCUGGAUGUGAUGCAGCCAAAGGUGCUGAGGGCAUUGGCUGAUGUGAUUGCAGAGUUGCUGGCCAUUAUCUUUGAAAACUUGUGGUGAUCAAGGGAGGUCCCAGACAAUUGGAAAAGGGGCAAAUAUAAUGAACUGCCCAUAUUUAAGGAAGGGGAGAAAAAAGGAGGAUCCAGGGAACUACAGACCAAUCGGCCUCGCCUCAGUCCCUGGAAAAAUCAAGAAAUCCAUUUCUAAGCACUUGGAGGAAAUGUUUUUGAUUAGGGAAAAGUCAGCAUGGAUUCACCAAGGGCAAGUCAUUCCUGAGCAACCUGAUUGCGUUCUGUGAUGAGAUGACUGCCUGGUAGAUUCAGCGCGUGUGUUAUAUUUUUUAUUUUAACAAUUGUUGUAAAUGUUAGAAAAUGCAAACUUCAUUGCUAACUAAAGAAAAGACAUUUUCACCUCUGUCUAACAUUGGACACCUCCAUGGACAAAGCCUACCUAAUCUGCACAUCACAGAGCAACCCUCUCGCAAAAGGACUCUGAGGUACCCAGGGGAAUAAACUUCCACCCUUUACCUCCCCUGUACAAAAUGAAGUUUCUUUUCUAUCUAGGAGAACUCUUACAAUCUUUAAAUUCUCCUCAGUCUGAAGAAGGGUGUGUGUACCCAAAAGCUAGCAAAAAAAGAAAAGGUUUUUUGCUACUAUUUAGUUGGUCUAAUAAAAGAUAUUGCCUCUGACCCAAGAGUCUUGCUUAUCUUGACUUUAACAAGGCUUUUGAUAAAGUCUCUCGCAACAUGCUUGCAAGAAAGCUAAAGCAGCACAGGUUGGAUUAAGGGACUCUAAAAUGGAUAGAAAACUGGCUGGAUCAUUGGGCUCAAAGGGCAAUACUAUCUAGUUGGCAGCUGGUAUCAAGUGGAAUGCCCCAGGGGUCUGUCUUGGGGCUGGUUUUGUUGUUGAUUUAAAAUAUUGAACCUGGAAGAUGAGAUGGAGUGCAUCCUCAAUAAGUUUGCAGAUGAUACCAAACUUCAGGGAAUAUGCUGGCUAGAUUCAGAGAGACCUAGACAAACUGGAGGUUUGGGACAAAAGAAAUCUCAUGAGGUUCGAUAAGGACCAGUGCAAAGUCCUGCAUUUAGGAUGGCACAGUCCCAUGCACCAGUACAGGCUGGGGGCUGACUGGCUGUGUAGCAGCUCUGCAGGAAAGGGCCUGGGGUUUGCAGUGGACAAUAAGCUGAAUAUGAGCCAGUAGUGUGCCCUUCUUGUGAAGAAGGCUAACGGCAUACUGGACUGCAUUAGUAAGAGCAUUGCCAGCAGACUGAGGGAAAGUGAUUCUUCCCAUCUAUUUGGUACUAAUGAGGCCACAUAUGGAGUACUGUGUCCAGUUUCCGGCACCCCACUAUAGAAAGGAUAUGGACACUGGAGAGAGUCCAUUGAAGAAAAUGAACAAAAAUGGUUAGGUGGGGGUGAUGGGUGCCCCUGAACUUUCACUAUGCAUUUUCUACUUCGGGAACAGCUUUGUAUGUUUUGGAAAGUAUUUUAUCUAACCAAGGGCAUAGAGUAGGUUGUUUAGGCUGGGGGAGAUCGCUUGUUGCUCAGUUGCUUAAUUGCUGGCCUCGCUAGAAGGAAAGCUGUAUCAACAAAGUCCGGAGCUGGAAGGGGGGUUACUUGCUGGGCUUGCUAUACAUUUCAUCACAUCAGCAAGUUUAACUUGUUACGUAGCUAUAUAAGGCAGACGCCCACUGAGGUAUGUCCAGGAAUGACUUCCACUCCCUCUAGAUACACCAGUCCACAAGUUCCAGAUCGGAGACAAGGUACUGGUCCGGACGCGGAAAGACGAGCCGCUUCAGCCCAGGUGGAAGGGACCGUAUCCUGUGAUUCUCACCACUCACGCUGCAGUGAAGGUUCAGGGGGUAAAGCCGUGGAUACACCACACCCGGGAGAAGGCCGCACCAGAAGUACCACUGGCAGGAGAAGUGGCUGAGAGUGUCGCACCGGAAGCCGACGCAAACAGACGCCAUUGGACAGCAGAGCCAGUAGAAGGACUUAAAUUUCUGUUUAAACGUCAACCAUGUGGAAAGUAGUUCUUUGCAUAUGGUGUAAUGCUUCUAGAGUCUAAGGGGUUGGUGCAUCAAAGGUUCGAGAAGAGUCAAAAUGUGUGGGUUCAUUUGGCAAAGGACGUAUUAAAUGUCACUCAUUUUUGUUUGGCAGGUGGAAUAUCAGUUGAUGAUAUUUUCACGUCAUGCCUUAUAGGGGUGCCCACUCCAAUGGAAGCACUCCAGAAUCAGACUUGGUUCACAUCUGGGGGAAUAGGAGGUCCAAUCAAUUACGCUAACAACUCCAUGUGGGGAACCAUUACCACAGAAAGAAACGCUAGUACCUUUGAAAUAGAUUUGUUGACAGUCACCUCCCCUGAUAACACCACCUGUGCCAAUUUUGUGAACUGUACCCAAGCUUGCAAAAGCCUAACCAAAGAAACGAAAAUUUUCAAUUGCUCAGACAUGACUAAUGUAUCUUGCAACUACGUUCAUGUUAUAUUACCCCGGGGGUGGUUCCUCCUUUGUGGGAAGACUGCCUAUUCAUAUAUCCCAGCCAAUGCCACACGAGGCCCUUGUGCUCUAGGCCGGUUGACUGUCUGGCUACCAGGUAUGCCUAAGAUCUCUAGUAAGUGUCACCGGAGAGGUUCGAAGGUGCUAGAUAAAUCCUGUGAUAGUGACAUAAACCUCCUGAGUGAGGCCGAGGUAGUGUCCUUAGCAGUUUUCCUAGUAGGGGUGCCAGGCCUAGUAGUGGAUGCUGAGAGGCAGCUUGGUAAGGUGGCCUGUGCCCUGGCAAAGGGCCUAAAUACAACUUCACAGGCCCUAGCUGCCCUCAAUAUUGAAAUGAAAGAACUAAGAGGAGCUACUCUGCAAAAUACAGCAGCCAUAGAUUACCUGUUGCUGAGGCAUAACCACGGAUGUGAAGAGUUCGAGGGAAUGUGUUGUUUUAAUUUGACAGAUAACUCUGAGUUGAUAGAGUCAAAAGUGCAGAAGUUAAAAAAAGUUCUGUCCCACAUUAAGCAAGGGGAAGGGUUUGACUUCUCAUGGCUUACUUCUUGGCUUCCUAAUUUUUCAUGGCUUAAGCAAAUUUUCCUAUUAAUUGUGGCAAGUAUGUGUAUUUUCUUGAUGAUCUGUUGUGGGAUACAGUGUGUGCCAAUGUGUUGUGAGAUACUCAAGAAAUCAAUUUCUUCCCCCGUUCACCGCGUGAUGUUUGUAAAAUCAUCAGUUACAAACCUGAUCCAAAACAAUCGGGAGGAAGCAAAAAGAUUUCUGGAGAUGAGAAAGAUAGUCGAGAACUAUGGGCCUUUUCCAUAAGGGCCAUAGUCUCGAAGUGGGGAUUUGAUGGGUACCCCUGAACUUUCACUAUGCAUUUUCUACUUUGGGAACAGCUUUGUAUGUUUUGGAAAGUAUUUUAUCUAACCAAGGGCAUAGAGUAGGUUGUUUAGGCUGGGAGAGAUCUCUUGUUGCUUAGUUGCUUAAUUGCUGGCCUCGCUAGAAGGAAAGCUGUAUCAACAAAGUCCGGAGCUGGAAGGGGGGUUACUUGUGGGGGGGAGCUGGAAGGGGGGUUACUUGCUGGGCUUGCUAUACAUUUCAUCACAUCAGCAAGUUUAACCUGUUACGUAGCUAUAUAAGGCAGACGCCCACUGAGGUGUGGGUGCUUGCUUUGCGAACGAUUGCCAAGCACCACUUUCUGCGCAGAAAUAAAGAUUAAGUUGGAUCCUUCAA